GAUCCUAAGUUUCAGCCAGAAAUGUCAAGUACCUAUCGACCUGUAAAGUGCAAUAUUGACUGUACCUGUGACAAUGAGAGGGAGCAAUGUAUUUAUGAAAGACAAUAUGCUGAGAUGAGUUCUAGUAGUGGAGUGCUCGGAGAGGACAUCGUGUCCUUCGGAAACCAAAGUGAGCUAGCACCCCAACGAGCUGUUUUUGGAUGUGAAAAUCUGGAAACUGGUGAUCUUUACAGCCAACACGCUGAUGGUAUCAUGGGCUUAGGCCGAGGGGAUCUAAGUAUAGUGGAUCAACUUGUUGAGAAACAUGUAAUUAGUGAUUCAUUCUCCUUAUGUUAUGGUGGAAUGGAUUUCGGUGGUGGUGCCAUGGUUCUUGGAGGAAUAAAACCCCCUUCUGAAAUGGUCUUCACCCAUUCAGAUCCUGUACGCAGUCCAUAUUACAAUAUUGAGCUGAAGGAGAUACAUGUUGCUGGGAAGGCCCUGAAUCUAAAUCCUCAGACUUUUGAUGGAAAACAUGGGACUGUGCUUGAUAGUGGUACUACCUAUGCUUACCUUCCAGAAGCUGCAUUUGUGGCCUUCAAGAGUGCUGUCAUGAAAGAACUUCAUUCUCUAAGAGAGAUCGAAGGGCCUGACCCGAAUUAUAAAGAUAUAUGCUUUUCUGGUGCUGGAAGUGACAUCUCAGAGCUCUCAAAAUCAUUUCCUCCUAUCGACAUGGUAUUUAGCAAUGGAAAGAAACUAUCUCUCACUCCUGAAAACUACUUAUUCAGGCACUCAAAGGUGCGUGGGGCUUACUGCUUGGGAAUUUUUCAGAAUGGGAAGGAUCCAACUACUCUUCUUGGAGGUAUUGUUGUCCGCAACACUCUUGUAACCUACGAUCGUGAAAAUGAAAGGAUUGGUUUUUGGAAAACCAAUUGUUCUGAGUUAUGGGACCGACUAAAUUUAUCUCCUUCACCUCCACCUCCACCAUUGCCCUCAGGCUUGGACAACACAAACUCCAGUGCAAAUUUGACUCCAGCACUGGCACCUAGUUUACCUCUGGAGCAUGCACCUGGGAAAAUCAAAAUUGGACUCGUAUCAUUUGAUAUGUCACUGAGUGUUGAUUACUCAGCAUUGAAGCCUCGUGUUCCAGAGCUUGCCCAUUUUAUUGCGCAAGAGUUGGAGGUUAACGUCUCACAGGUUCACUUAAUGAACUUUUCGACAGAAGGAAAUGAUUCCCUCAUUAGAUGGGCCAUCUUUCCUGCAGGAUCUGCAAACUACAUGCCAAAUGCCACUGCAACAGAAAUAAUAAACCGGUUGGCUGAGAAUCGUUUUCAUCUUCCUGAUACAUUUGGAAGUUAUAAAUUAGUCAAAUGGGACAUUGAACCCCCACCAAAGAGGAUACGAUGGCAGCAAAAUUACCUUGUUGUAGUGUUUGCGCUACUAGUUGUCCUGAUAAUUGGAUUAUCAGCUUCUCUGGGAUGGUUAAUUUGGAGACGAAGGCAAGAAAUCCCAUAUAAUCCUGUUGGAAGCGCUGAAACACAUGAAAAAGAACUCCAGCCGCUAAAUUAAAAUAUACGUCACUUUUGACAUGGAAGUGCUAAUUUUUCUUUUGUAAAUCCUAGAUAAUUUUGUCUAGUUAAAGGAAAAUAUACCCGGUUACAAAUAUGUAGUGUCCUGGCAUUAGAAUGAACUGUGCGCUCUCUCUCAUGUAAUGACUACUUUUUUUUCUUCCUCAUUUUACUUUUUCCUACGCUCUAUGGUUGCC